AUGGCUCCGUCCUUUCUUAACUUCAAGGACCUCCGCCGUCGGUCAAAGGCCAGCUUCCGAACCGAACGCUCCACGGAUACCUCAAGCGAUGGCGCCGGCAGCCAGGGAACAACGCCCUCGAGCGGUUCCGUCACGCCGCCCUCCAUCGCCCACCAAUCUGAUCCAGCACUCCACCUCCAGGUGAAAGAUCAGCAGCACUUUCGCCAAUCGUCUCCCCAACGUCACAGCUCGCAGAAUCUUCAAGCGCGACCGCCGCUCUCGUCAUCUGGUUCCAGCCGAUUUAGCGUGUCGGGCAUGUCGGGCCUGGGUGCACCCUCCGUAAACGGCAAACAGAACCUCCCUGUAUCGCCAUAUGCUCCGAAGUUGACCAACAUCUCGGAGAAUGUGUGGGUGUAUCAAAAGGUUCUCCUUGUGUAUGGAACCAUUGCCGACCCCGCCCAGCAAACUCUUGACGGAACGGUGACGGUCUCUAGACUCGACGACAACUUUCCGCCGAUCAGCUGGCCCGUCUGCAGCUCCCACUUCAAAGCGCUCGUCUACCUUCAGCCCGGUCCCAAUAAGCUUCGGUUCGAGUUCUCCAGCCCUAAACUCCCUAACAGUGGCAGUUCCAACCCAAUUCACGCCUCUUACAUAACUGUUCACAUGCUCCCGACCAUGAAUGCCCCGCCAUUGCAACUCGCUAUUCUCCUCGCCAAGGACUCGUCUGAGACGUUCGAUGCUCUGCCCGCGCGCGCCGAGAGGGAAGGUAAUGGGUUGGAGACAGCCGUGAAGAAGUUUCGAAUGGCGGCAUACCUGUGGCAAGCUUUUACGUCCGAGCAGAUGUGGCGGAAUAAACUUGGGCGACGGGCAUUCCGGUUCGAGGAAGAGUGGACGACGGGCUCCGCCAACUACCGCGAUUGGGAAAAUGGCACGAUGCGGUCCGAGGCCAGAAUACACAUCAUUCGUUGCGACAAGACGGUCGCUGAGCUUCGAGAUAUGAACAAGGCCCAGCAGAACGAAAAGGCUACCGAACGGGACGCCCUCUUUGGAAUCGCCUCCACCGCGGUCAAAAACUAUUUCAACCCGCUACCUGGCCAAAAGCUCUACGUCUCGCUCCUUCUUCUGGACGCUCACUGGAACAGGGCUGCUCAAACAGUGACGGGCCAUGCCGCCCUGGGUGGCGGUGACAAUAACCUGCAACUAGCCAUCUUCGGCUCCCACUGCCUGCAAAGCUAUCCGACCAGCUUCGAGGAGGUGGUACCAGCUUUCACGGACUGUACCCCGACGGAUACUAAGUACGUUGCAAACGACUGUAAUGAGGCCGGCAGCUCGUGGGAAGCCGCCAACAUUGGCAUUGGCGCACAUCUGCACGAGACAGGCCAUUUGUUUGGAUGCCCUCACCAGGAGAGCGGUGUCAUGCUGCGAGACUAUGUGGUCCUCAACCGAACCUUUGUCGCCCGUGAGGCGUACUCUACGCGGACCAAGUCCAAGGGUGGCCUGGCUCUGCAAGGAGAUGAGUGUGGCUGGCACCGACUGGACUGCCUGCGUUUCCGAGGCCACCCAGCAUUCCGACUCCCGAACGACCCUCCAUUAAACCCCGACGGCAGUGUCCAAGGGUUCCCAGUCGAAGGAGGCAACGUUCUUAUUAUGGCGGCCACAGGCAUCUCGUUUGUUGAGAUCUUUGCGGAGGGCGACGAAGUUUGUCACUCUUGGAUCGAGUAUCAACAUGAACAAGGGCCUCCGCCGCGACAAAUUACGCUCAACGAGCAGGAACUACGUGCUAGAUUGACCGAGAACAACAAAAAGGGUCGCAUUCGGAUCUCCAUCAAGUCACACGCGGGUGGCUCGCUAGACAUUGACGACUUCAAGAAAUUUGCUUCCAAGCAAUCGUCUGUGAAGCUGUCGAAUGGAAAGGCGGCAUUCCGGUGCAAGAAACUGGGCAGUUCCCAGAUGGAUGGCAGCUCUACAGUCGAGACAAUCUUCACCAGCGCCGAGAAGCAGGACCGGGUCCUCUCUCGAGUCACUGUACACCACGGAUCGGCCGUUGAUGGAUUGGAAUUUGUAUAUGAUGAUGAGUCGACACAACUGUUUGGAAAGCGGGGCGGUAACAGUGACGUCUUUGAAUUCGAUGUCCGUCGUGGCGAGUAUAUUAGUGGUUUCCUUGUGCGGUCUGGUUUCUGGAUCGACGGGGUGCAAAUAUUGACGAGCCUGGGUCGCAAGUCACCGCUGUUUGGGAAUGCACAUGGAGGAGAAGCGCAUACUUUGAUACCCCCUCGAGGAUACACCAUUUGUGGUGUGUCGGGCUCCUGUGGCCCUUGGCUUGAUGGCUUUUCGGUUCUCAUAUCUCGAUGA